AAACGUUCUCUAUCUCUCACAUCUUGGCGAGCAAUAUAAGUGCCCCCCCUCCAAUCACAAAACGAGACCCCUCUCUUUCUCUCUAUAGAACGCGCCACACAACAGCAAGGGAGCCAUCUCUCUCUAUACGAGUUAUCUAUUAAUCGAUGAUUCCAUCUAUUUGAAUCAAUGAAUGGAUGUUUUAAUUGCGUUUCCCAGAUCGAACCCUUGUUUCUUAGUUGAUACGGGACAAAUUCCACGGAAUUGCUCGUUUUGAGCUCGUGAUUGAUGGUUUCCAUGGCUUUCUCUGAAUUCUAGGGUGUUGGUUCUUGUUGUCCUGGUUUUGGAAUAUGGAGGAGGAGGAGGCAGGUAGAGUUUCACCUGAGUAUAAUGAUGAAGAGGACGAGGAAGAUUAUGAAGAUGACGAUAGCGGAAAUCGGCUCCUUGGGUUCAUGUUUGGAAAUGUUGAUGAUUCUGGCGAUCUUGACGUGGAUUAUCUUGAUGAGGAUGCAAAGGAACAUUUAUCUGCUUUGGCUGACAAGUUGGGAUCGUCCCUCACAGAGAUAGAUUUGUCUGUAAGAAAGACGACAACACCUUCAGAUGGCUUAGAUCAAGAUUAUUAUGAGAAAGCUGAAGAUGCUGUUGAUUAUGAAGAUAUUGAUGAGCAGUAUGAAGGGCCUGAGAUACAGGCCGCUUCUGAGGAAGAUCUAGUGCUGCCAAAGAAGGAAUACUUCUCAGCGAAUGUUUCAUUGUCAUCUAUUAGCGAAGAGGCUCCUAUCUUUGGGGAGGAAAAUUAUGAUGAGGAUGAUGUUCCUGAUAAGGAAUCCAAUGUGGUCAAUAAUUGUCUCCAGAUUCAAGCAAAAUAUGAGGUCCCAGAAGAUAUUUUGCAAUCCAAUGUGGGGGAUACUUGCCCUCAAAACCAGAGUGAUUUUGAGUUGGUGGAAAAUAUUUCGCAACCUGAUACGGUGGAUAAUUGUCUUCAAAACCAAACUAAUCUCGAGGUCGCAGAAAAGAUUUUGCAACCCAAUGGGUUGGAUUAUUGUCUUCACCAGACAAAACUUGAGGCAACAGAAUAUGUUUUGCAACCCAUUGUUGUAGACAAUUGUCUUGGAACACAGACUACUUUUGCAGCGACAGAAAAUAUUCUGCAUUCCAGUGUGAUGAACAGUUCUCUUCAAACCGAGACUAAUUUUGAAACAGGAGAGAAAAAUUUGCAAGUCCAGGCUGAAUGCCCAACAGAUGAACAUGCUCAGUCAUUUGAGAAGCGAGAGAAAUCACCUGAUUAUGAUGUGCCUUUUCUUGAAUCGGAUGAAUAUUGUUAUGAUGCUGAUGAUUUUCUGGAGGUUGAGCCUGCAGCUUUGGAUAACCAGGUCAAUGAUGAUACCAAGGCUCCUUUGCCUAUACUAUGCAGAGAAGAUGGGAUGGUGGUCCUACGAUUCUCUGAAAUUUUUGGCAGAAAUGAACCUUUUAAAAAGAACGAGAAGAGGCCCCCUCGCAGACACUCAAUUCCUAAAGAUAGACAUAAUGUGCUAGAUGCUGCUGAUAUUGCUGAAGAGGAUGAGGAGGCUUUCCUGAAGGGCACUUACCAAGGACGAUCUUUUGGUAAAGUGCACAACAUAACUGAAGAAGAUUCUGUGAUGCUGAGGGAUGUUGAUGAUGUGGACUUGGUGUCUGCCACUUCAUCUUCCACUAGUGAGAGCAAACAGAAAGAUUCAUGUCAUUGUGUUUGUGAUGAACAAACUCUCGAUAUGGUUGAAGUUCAGUUUCCUGCACAGCUUUCACCCAUGUGCUCCAAUCUCUAUCUGCAGCAAUGGGAAGAUGAAAUUCUAUGGGGAUCAUCUCCUCCCCCAAACCAGGUCUCCUUGAAAGAUGCUAUCUCAAGACUUGAUGUUGAGCCUUGUGAUAAUGAUGAAUCAGAAGAUGCUGAGCUUUGGAAAGGAGAGUUAGGAGAACUAUAUGAGAAGGAACAUUCUCGUUUUCAGCAAGAUAAGGAUAAGAAAGACGAGAUUUGUGCUAUCUCAAGACUUGAUACUGAGCCUUUUGAUGGUAAUGAAUCGGAUGAUGGAGAACUUAGGAAAGGUGGCUUGAGGGGAUUUCAGACAGAGCUGCAUGAGAAGGAUCAUUCUCGACUUCAUAGAGAAGAAGAUGAGAUUGAUAAUUCUCUUUUCCUGCAAAGGUUUCCUGUUAUCGUCGAACCCUUUGAUUCAAAUAGCACUGUUGAUCUAAUGAACUUUCCUUGCUCAGAGAGGGAUUUCCAUCCUCAGAUUCUUAGGUUAGAGUCUUCCAAAAAAUGGGAUGCUUUACAGUGUUCAGAUCGACAGCGGCCGAAUGGUACCGAUGACGCCUGGAGAGGUGAUAUUAUGAAGUUGUUGAGCAAACUUUCCUUGCAAAAUAAUGAUUUGCUGGAAGGAUCUUGGUUGGAUAGAAUCCUCUGGGAACCGAGUGAUUCUGUCCCAAAUUCAAAGCUCAUUCUCAAUCUUCAAGAUGAGCAAAUGUUGUUUGAAAUUUUAGAUAACAAGGAAAGUGAGAAUCUUUAUUCUCAUGCUGGAGCCAUGAUAAUCACACACUCUGUAAAGUCUAACUCAGGAGAAGUGUUUGAGGCUUCUGGGCAAGGAGCUUCAUCUGUUAGUAAAUUCAAUCUAUCCAAUGACAAGUAUUACUCCAACAGGAAAACCUCUCCGCAAUCAAAAUCCCAUGCCAAAAAGCGUGCAGUUCAUGGUGUCAAAGUCUUGCAUUCUAUACCGGCCCUUAAACUCCAGACAAUGAAGCCUAAAUUAAGCAAUAAGGACAUAGCUAAUUUUCAUAGACCCAAGGCUCUGUGGUACCCCCAUGACAAUGAAGUAGCUGCCAAGGAGCAGGGAAAGCUCUCUGCCCAAGGACCUAUGAAAAUUAUACUGAAGAGCAUGGGAGGAAAGGGGAGUAAGCUGCAUGUGGAUGCUGCUGAAACUGUAGCCUCUGUCAAAGGCAAGGCAUCAAAAAAGCUAGAUUUUAAGUCAUCUGAAAAGGUUAAAGUGUUCUAUUCUGGAAAGGAGCUGGAAGAUGAUAAAUCUCUUGCUCAGCAGAAUGUUCGGCCAAAUUCUGUGCUCCAUCUCGUCCGCACUAUGAUACAUUUAUGGCCAAAGGCACAAAGACUCCCAGGAGAAGAUAAACCUUUACGUCCUCCUGGGGCUUUUAAGAAGAAGUCAGAGCUUUCCGUGAAAGUUGGCCAUGUCUUUUUAAUGGAGUACUGUGAGGAGAGACCCUUAUUAUUGGGAAAUGUUGGGAUGGGUGCACGUUUAUGCACUUACUAUCAGAAAUCAUCAUCUGGUGACCAAACUGCCACUACGUUACGAAAUGGAAAUAAUGCUCUGGGGAGCGUUCUCGCUCUUGAGCCAAUGGAUAAGUCCCCUUUUUUGGGAGAUAUUAAACCUAGUUGCAGCCAGCAAUGCCUUGAAACAAAUAUGUUUCGGGCUCCAGUAUUUCCACAUAAGUUGUCUUCAACUGACUAUUUGUUGGUUCGUUCAGCUAAAGGGAGGCUUUCACUUAGACGCAUCGAUAGACUGCAUGUUGUUGGACAACAGGAGCCACACAUGGAAGUCAUUUCUCCAGGAUCAAAAGGUCUCCAAUCAUAUUUAGGAAACAGAUUGUUGGUGUAUUUGUACCGUGAAUUUCGUGCCAAUGAGAAGCCUGGGUUUCUCCCCUAUGUACGAGCAGAUGAACUUUCAGCACAGUUUCCUAAUUUAUCAGAACCCUUCCUCCGGAAACGGUUGAAGCACUGUGCGGAUCUCCAGAGAGGACCAAAUGGAGAAACAUUGUGGAUGAUGAGACGUAAUUUCCGGAUACCUACGGAGGAAGAACUGCGAAGAAUGAUGACUCCGGAGAAUGUGUGUGCAUAUGAAAGCAUGCAAGUUGGUCUGUACCGACUUAAACGCCUGGGUAUUAGCAAACUCACACACCCUAAUGGCCUCUCUUCGGCUAUGAACCAACUUCCUGACGAAGCCAUUGCUCUGGCUGCUGCUUCACAUAUAGAGAGGGAACUGCAAGUUACUUCAUGGAAUUUAAGCAGCAAUUUCGUUUCAUGUACAAUGCAGGAUCGAGAAAAUAUUGAACGGUUAGAAAUAACGGGUGUUGGAGAUCCUUCUGGUAGAGGCUUAGGGUUCAGUUAUGUUCGUGUUGCUCCUAAGGCGCCGAUCUCCAGUAACGUAGUGAAGAAAAAGGUAACUGUUGCUCGAGGAGGCUCCACAGUCACUGGAACAGAUGCUGACCUUCGUAGAUUGAGCAUGGAAGCAGCACGAGAGGUGCUACUUAAGUUCAAAGUUCCUGAAGAACAGAUUGAAAAGAUGACUAGGUGGCAUCGUAUUGCCAUGGUCCGGAAACUUUCAAGUGAGCAAGCUGCAUCUGGUGUCAAAGUAGAUGCUGCUACCCUCAACAAGUUUGCACGGGGCCAACGCAUGUCAUUUCUUCAGCUUCAGCAGCAAACUCGAGAAAAAUGUCAAGAAAUUUGGGAUCGUCAGGUGCAAAGCUUAUCCCAAGUAGAGGGUGAGGAGCCUGAGAGUGACUCUGAAGCAAAUAGUGACCUAGAUUCAUUUGCUGGGGACCUUGAAAAUUUACUCGAUGCUGAAGAAUGUGAGGAGGGAGAUACAGGGUCAAAAAAAAAUAAAUUUGAAAGUGUCAAGGGACUUGGAAUGCGUCGACGUCCUUCCCAAGCUCAUGCAGAGGAAGAAAUAGAGGAUGAAGCUGCUGAAGCUGCAGAACUUUGCAGGAUGCUUAUGGAUGAUGAUGAGGUGGGCUGGAGGAAAAAGAAGAAGACAAAAGUGGCUGGAAAGGAUGAAACAGCCCUUGGAAUAAUGGACUCGACAGUAGGUUAUGUUGCUGGAAAUGGAGACCAUUUCAAAAAAGCUAAGAAGGUUGUUAAACGCAUCAUUCGCACCCCUCAACCAGAUGGCACAUUUACCUCUAAGGAGGUUGUCAUCAAUGACCCAAAGGAGGUCGAGAAACUUCUUGCUAAAAAAAUCCUUCCUGGGAAAGGAAUCAUGGGGAAUGAAAAGAAUGAGGGUGCUCGCACCAUAUUACCACCAAAAAAAAGUAAAAUUAUUGGCGAUGGAGUCAAGGUUUUCAAGGAAAAGAAACAGAACGAGAAGCCAGUUAGGGAAAGCUUCGUCUGCGGAGCUUGUGGUGAGUUGGGACAUAUGAGAACCAAUAAGAGAUGCCCUAUGUAUAAAGAAGAGCAAGAAAUCCACAUCCAACAACCAGUGCCAGAGAUCAAACCAAGGUUAGCUACUUCUUUCGAUGCCCCAAACCCUUCUCCCCAUCCGAAGCUUGCGAUGAAGAAGAAGCCACCUAAAAGCUCGGUCACAAUGGCACCUAUACAGAUUACACAGACUCAAAUUCAACAGAGUGAGCCCAGAAUUGGGGAGCAAUUGAGUGUUAUUUCUCCUGCAAAAUCUCUACCUUUGAAGUUCAAAUGUGUCUCUUCUUCUGAUAUGGCUAUUGAGAAGAGCAUACUGCUCUCUCAAAUCUCUGAUGCAGAAACAGGGAAAAAAGAUCAAACUAAGAUCAAUAAGAUAAAACUCCCCAUCAAAAUGAAACCCGAUGACCUCCAACCUGACACACCAAAAACCUCGGCUUCAACACCAACCUCAGUUGCAGGAGACCAACGCCCCAAAAAGAUUAUCAUCAAGCAGCCAAAGGUGCACCCAAAUGGUGAUACAAUCAAAAGACUAGUUGACAUCGCAAGGGAAGAGGACCUGAGAAAGACCCAGAGAAUGGUUGAGGAUUCGAGAAUGGAGAAACAGAGACUAGAGAGCAAGCGGCUGGCAGCAGCAGCUAGAGAGAGGGUCAGGGAGGAUUGGAGAUUAUGGGAAGAGGAAGAGAAGAGGAGGGCUUUAGAGAGGGCCAAGGAAGAUGGGAGGAGGCAGAGGAUGGAAGGGGAGAGGUUGAGAGCUGAAAAGCGAUUGCAAGAAGAGCAACAGAGAGUUGCCGAUCAGCUUAGGAGGUAUAGUGAGACAAAGCAUGUGGGCAGAAUUGAUGGGAGAGGAGAUAGGCAGAAAGUGAAAAAGAAAAAGAAAAAGAAGAAAGAAAAGGUGAAAGAUGAGUUUGGAGAGGAUUACAGGGGAAAAAGGAAUGAUAGAAGGAUACCAGAGAGGGACAGGGCAGCAAAGAGGCGCCCUGUGCUUGAUGCUGGGCGCUACGCCUCAGAGCAUGGCCCCCAAACGAAGCGUCGACGUGGAGGAGAGGUUGUCUUGUCGAACAUUUUAGAGGGCGUCGUGGAAAGACUUAGAGAGAGAUACGACAUCUCGUAUCUCUUCUUGAAACCAGUGUCGAAGAAAGAUGCACCAGAUUACCUAGACAUAAUUGAUAACCCAAUGGAUCUCUCUACUAUUAGAGAGAAAGUGAGGAAAAUGGAGUAUAAGACCAGAGAGGACUUCAGGCAUGAUGUAUGGCAAAUAGCUUAUAAUGCACAUAAAUAUAAUGAUGGCCGGAAUCCCGGUAUUCCUCCUCUCGCAGAUCAGUUAUUGGAAAUAUGCGAUUAUUUGUUAGACGACGAGGAUGUGGCCUUGACCGAAGCUGAAUCAGGGAUUGAGUUGAGAGAUCAUUGAUGACGAAAGAGAAAAAUUAUAGAGUUUUGUCUCUUUGCUCUGCCACCAAGUAGGUCGUCAGAGCGCCAUUGGGCGGAAAUGUAAAUUACAGGCCUUGUAUAUGAAUGUGUUUAUUAAUGAGUAGUUUGGGUGAUAAAUCCCAUUGUUUACUUAUA